AUGACGCUAGAAUCGAUGCUGCACUACUUUGAAACGGGUGCAAACAAGCACCUGUUGCACCACUUCACCUCCACAAUGGGACACGGGACACCCGCUCAAUGCUGGGAGGGCAUGCACCCGGACCAGGAGAAAAAGGACUCGGUCCAUGAAACAGGACAAAAGUGCAACAAAGCGUGGUUGCUUGGCAAGUACCGGCUUGUGGUGAGCUGUGUGGUCAAUGCAUACCAGAACGAUGCACAACACACACGUGAAG